AUGGCGUCAAGUGAAGAGUUUUUCUCACAACUUCGCUCUUUCACCUCCACUUUGGAUAAAGAUUGCCAUGAAUUAAAGUCCAAAAUAGAGGAAGAUGAGUUAUCAACCGAUGAAGAAGGCAGAUCACAUCUUGUUCUGCGAGGAAUCUUAUCAGAUGCGCAACAACUUAAGAGGGACGUUGCGUGGAAGUCAACAGAAAUGAAACAGAUGUUUUCGUUCGGUGAUUUUCUGGAUGUGUGUGAGAGACUUGCAGAACACACGAAAAUACAGAUARAAGAUUUGCAAGAACACUUGACUAAAUAUGGCUACAAGUCAUCUGGACAAUUACCAUCAGUUGAUAGCAUCUAUGAAGCAGUUAGCAAUAAUAACAAGGAAAGUACAUCUAUGGACAAGGAUGAUACAGAUGGUUUACAUGACAACAGCCAAUCGGAAGAKGAUGUUGAUGCCAUGGAAACAGAUGCCAAGUCAUCUGACGAAGCUGGUCAGGGAAAACAUCAAGAAGAAGCUGAAGAUGACUUCAUGUCAACUCCAGUAAAGCCGGUCACUUUCACCCCAAUGAUCCAGGCCACCCCUCCACCAUCUUCUACCCAAAAUAGGGCACCCAAGGAUACCCAGAGUACCCCAGAGCAGUCACCAGUUCCUCCUCAGACAACUACACCCAUGAUCAAAACCAAGCCRGCAUUCCAACAUUUAGACGACAAAGGUGUUGUCUCGCCAUCCAGCCAUGACACACCCCCACAGCCCAUGACCUUUACACCUCUAAUAAAGACAGCAAAGCAUGCUGGGCUUGGAGAAGGUAUGGCAUCGUCACAAUCAGAUGAUGACUCCCCAUUACCACCAGUGUUAUAUACUCCUGGAAUUCGAAUGAUGGGGGUUCCAGGACAACAGACAUAUGGCCUGCAAUCUACCCAAUGCCCUGUGGAUUUACCCUGCGAUUUUGGAACCCCAACACCUCCCGACUUGACUUGUACAAUACUUUUAAAACCAGAAGAUCUACUAGAAGCUCGGAGCCGACAGACAAGCAGAAAUCAGACAGAGUAUCCUACACUCCAUCCUGUUAAUGAAGAUGAAUAUGUGACACUACCUGGUUACGUCAAGACUCAGUUCAGCAUUGACGACAUUAAUGAACUCCUACUAAGUAUUGAAGAAUUUUUGAAGCUUCAGACUGAAGAAACCAGAAGAAAGACGCUAAAAGAAGAUGUUUUGAGAGAAACAUUCUGUCUUGGACGAAAAACAAAAGCCUUUAUGCUUGCUCUCAAGAAGCUUGGAAGAGCUGAAGUUACAAAUGGAGUGCUUGUGUUUACUAUUUAAGAUGGCUUUACAACAGAGUAAUAAGCAUUUUAAACAAGAAAAAUGAGUUGUAAUUAAUAUUCCCAACACUGUCAUCCGUUCAGUUCUAUCGCCUUCAAAUUUUUAUGGAUACCCUGAAACAACUUCUUGGCUGAUCUAAGUCAGGGCAUGGCUAACUCACAGAUAGAACCCUGAAACAACCUUUGGGCUGAUC